UUGUGUAGAAAUGUUACUCGGGUGGGAGGAGUUGUGUAAGUGUGAACAACAGUCUUCCAAAGUCCCCGCGGCACUCUCGCUUAAGUUCACGGCCAAGAACCAUCGUGUGGAGGAUCGAUCUGGCAGCCCGCGGCCCCCGGGGCCCCCUAGCGGAUUGUUUAAACACUACAAAGAGGAAUUUCUUUCUUUUUUUUUGGUCAGCUGUCGCCGCGGGCAACACCGGCUCGCUGCGUGGAGGACGGACUCGAGACGUGAGUCGCUCCAACGGAAGCGGUGUUUGUGAUUGUGUUUCUUUUUUUCUUUUUGGACAAAUGACUCGUUUUUGCCAUCGACGGCUUGAGAUGGAUCCGGAAACCAACGACGAGUUACUGAUUGACGAGCAUUGAGAAAAGGAAAAGGAAAAACAGAAGCGAAGUCGGGGGAGCGAUGAUGAGCUCAGGUAUGCAAAAGCCACCUUUGGCCCCAAAACCCAAGCUGGCCCUGCCUCAGAGGACAAGGCCGUCUCCCUCAACUCCGAGGAGAGCCGCCCUCACGCUUGCGUCUCCUGCCACACAGAAGAGGGUAAAACCAGUAGUGGCCCCCAAGCCAUGCCUGUCCAAACUCACCACUGCUGUGGAUCCCAAACCACUUCCUUCAAAGAUCCCGCUCCAAUCGUCUGGAACAGAACCCCCACGCAUCCACGGUCUUCUCAACUCCCAGAAUAGAAUACAGCAAGAGAACAAAAAACCGGACUGGGAUUAUAUUAUUCCCAUUUGUCUGUGUAGCCAGGAACACUGCAUGUGCAUCAGGCAGACAUCAGUAAACCGAAUACUUAUCUCCACGUCGCGAGGAACAGUCGACACCAGCGAAGAGAAAACCAACAAUGCUAAAUGCAAAGGGAUGAACGGCACCGCUAACACUCCUCUCACAAAUCAUAAACCUCUCAACAAAUCGCUUGCUCUGGAUCAACUUCUCAACGGCGACGGCGACACCUGCAGUACUGAGAGGACUGUUCAGCCGGCAGUCCCCCACCGAGCGCGGAACAAUGAGACAAAUGGUCACGUGAUUCCUCACAGAGCGCCCGGGCGUGGACCGAGGGAAGAUGGCUCGGAGCAGAAGUCUUCUGCCCCCCCGACCAGACCGGUCCCAGUGGCCUCUAGGAAGCCCGUCCCUGUACCGCGGAAAAGCCCGGCGGUGGUGGUUCGGGCCCGUCAGGAAAAGGUGCAGGAGAAGAGCGGAGAGAUUGUAAGGCAGGAAGGGAGGGAAAUGAACGUCAAAGAGGUGAAGGUGUCAUCGGAGGGGAAAGGCAGCUCAUCGCAGUCCGUCAGUGGAAGUGUAGGAAAGAAGCUGUCUGUGAGAAAAGCCUCCGCCCCGCCAGCCCCUCCGCCCAGGAAGAAACCUUUACUGUCUGCACCUGACAAAGCAACGGCCUCUGCCCCGCAAACUCUCCCGAAGGACGUGGAGGAGGAAGACCUGGGUUGGGACACCAGCGUCAAGGAGAUGGAGGUGUCUGUGGACAAGUACGACGAGGAGGUGCAGAAAGAACAAAUGGUCGAUGAGGAUUUAGUCUUUGGUGACUUCACACAAAAUCCUCCUUCUAGUAGUUCGCUCGACCAGCCGGAGCUCAGCCAGCCACCUGCCGUCGCUGCGGAGGACUCUGGGGUCAAGGUGGCUCCCAAGAAGCCUCAGAGGAACGGCGGCCCGACGGCGCCGAUGGAGAGGAAGGAGUCUUCUGAGGAGGAAGCAGAGCGUGAACCAGAAGAUGACAAAAGAAGUCGAGGCUUUCCUACACAGGACCUUGUUUUCCAGGACAGGGUAACCAGGGAGCUGCCUUUGCCUCCGGGGGAGAAAACAAGCAGAAAAAUCGUAACACCUGGAGUCUUGAAUCCUUCUCGUUCCAGCCUGGGCAAACAGAAAGCCUUUUCCUUCUCCGGCGCCGACCGCCUUCGUUCUGACAGACCAAAGAAAAACUCUUUCCGCAAACUGCUGGACUUGACGAUCUCUGCGAAGAUGCUUCCUAAGCUGAAAGCGAAAGGAGGCAAGAGCUCAGACUGCACUGCAGAUGACAAGAAACAAAAAGUGGACAGGGACCAAGACCGGUGUCAAAACCCGGCAGAAGAUCCCGAGGCUCAGCCUAAAUUAUCCCGCGCUCUGAUUGGAGUAGAGCAAAACGUGGACGGAGAAGAGUACUAUGAGGACAUCCCGCACUAUGAAGAUAUACCAGACUACGUGAAUGUGCAUGUGGCCGGGACAGUUGCAUCUUCUCGGCCACCAGCCUGGGAGUAUGAUGAUGAGAACAUUUAUGAGGAGCAUGAGCCAUACAUGUCCUUUGAGAAGAACACAGGACUCCAACAGCGUGAGACGCCAGCAGACGAUGACAGAAGCUCUGUCGAUGAGGAGGUGACUCCCCUGGAUGAAGACAACUUGGUCAACACCUCAGAGGAGGACGACGACAGCAGCUCCACCUCGAGUCAAGGAGACCCCGAGCAGCCAGGAGAGAGUCCGACGCAGAUUACGCCGAAGAAGAGCAAGAUUCAUCACAUCGCCACAGAAAUUAUGAGCUCUGAGAGUGUGUUUGUCGACGUCCUGAAGCUGCUUCAUGUUGACUUCCGUGACACCGUAUCCGCAGCAUCUCGUCAGAGUGGCAAACCUGUGAUCGAGGAGCGUCUUCUCAACCAGAUUCUGUACAACCUCCCGCAGCUCUACGAACUCAACUACGACCUCCUCCGAGAGCUGAAGCAGAGAGUAGCCAAAUGGGAUGAAAAUGCACAGCUAGCUGACAUUUUCCUGAAGAAAGGUCCCUAUCUGAAGAUGUACUCCACAUACAUCCGCGAGUUUGACAAGAAUGUGGCUCUACUGGACGAGCAGAGCAAGAAGAACCCGGCAUUCGGCGCAGUGGUUCGGGAAUUUGAGGCUAGUCCACGCUGUGCCAACUUGGCUCUAAAGCAUUACCUACUGAAGCCGGUUCAGAGGAUUCCUCAGUACCGGCUGCUGCUCACAGAUUAUCUAAAAAAUCUGUCCGAAGACUCAGUUGAUUACAAGGAUACAGAAGCCGCUCUUGAAAUCGUGAAAGCGGUGGCCAACCAUGCCAACGACACCAUGAAACAGGGGCAUAACUUCCAGAAGCUGAUCCAGGUGCAGUGCAGCCUGAGCGGCCACCACGAGAUAGUCCAACCUGGACGGAUCUUCCUGAAAGAGGGCAGUCUGAAGAAGCUGUCAAGGAAGGUCAUGCAGCCCCGAAUGUUCUUCCUGUUUAACGACACAUUGCUGUACACCACUCCUGUCCAGUCAAGCCAGUACAAGCUCAAGAGCAUGUUGUCUCUGGCAGGGAUGAAGGUUAGCAAACCCAGCCAAGAGGCCUACCAGAAUGAGCUGAACAUUGAGAGCGUUGAGCGCUCCUUCAUCCUCUCGGCGAGUUCGGCCUCAGAGCGAGAUGAAUGGCUUGAGGCCAUCUCCACGGCGAUCACUGACUACACCAAGAAAAAGAUCAGCUUUAUAUCUGGCAAACCUUCAGAGGAGGUAGAGCUGGAGGAUUUGGAUGAUGGUACUCCUUUGGGAUCCAAAGCCCCUAUAUGGAUCCCUGACCUGCGGGCCACCAUGUGUAUGAUCUGCACCUGUGAGUUCACCCUAACAUGGAGGAGACAUCACUGUCGGGCAUGUGGAAAGGUGGUGUGCCAGUCAUGUUCUGCCAACAAAUGCUGUCUUGAAUACCUGAAGAACCAGUUGGGGCGAGUGUGUGACCAGUGUUUCCCUAUUCUUCAGCUGCAGAAAAGUGUGCAAGCCGAAUCCGCAGCUCUAUCCCCUGGAAACAGAGCUACAUUUGCUUUCCCCAGGAAGCCGAAGAAGAUACCGGCCGCCCUCAAAGAGGUGACGGCCAGCACAGAUAACUCCUCUAUGAGUGGGUAUCUGCAGAGGUCAAAGAGCAGUAAGAAGCAGGGGAAGAGGCUGUGGUUCGUUAUCAAAGACAAGGUCCUGUAUACAUACGCUGCAAGUGAGGACGUUGCCGCCUUAGAGAGUCAGCCCCUAUUAGGGUUCGAGUUGAAAGUUGAUUCAUCGCAUAAGUUGGAGUUCAAACUUUACCACAAAAACACACUUCACUACAUUUUUAAAGCUGACGACAUCCAAACGGAACAGAGAUGGAUCGACUCAUUCAAAGAGGCCACAGUGCUUUAACAUUGGUUGACGAUUUGUGUAGUUGUUCAACAUACUCUUUUGCCUCAUUGCUCUCCGAGUUCUGAAAAAACCCAUCUGGAGACGCCAUAAUAGUUGCACUGGAAUAUCUUCCACAUAUUGUUUUUUCUUGCCUGUAUCAGUAGUUUAAAGGGUAGAAAUCUAUGCAAUUUAGGAGUCAAAUGCCUAAUUUUAGAUGUUUUUGGUUCAAUUUUACUUGCAUCUCUACAAUACUACUCAAGUCAAUUGCUUUGUAAUACAUUACAUUACAUUUUGCUUGAGAUUGAGUAAAUUUUAGGUCAAAGCAAAUCACAUUUUAAGGCUUCUUGUUUUCAAAGGAUUACUUUAUUUCAAAUCGUUGUGUGUCCUGUUAUAGAAUAUGCAAUGUGCACUUGUCACGUUUUUGUGAGAAACCUUCACCAUACAUUGUUAAAGUUUUCUUUAACUCUGAGUCUAAUUUUUCACUGUUUGAACAUUAAAUGCACGAUGAUGACAAAUGCACUUAAGUAACUUAACCGGCUGUAUAUAUAUUAUGUCCCUACAAACGUAUCUGCUGUAAAUAAUGUGAUCAUAUUUCCAUGAAUCAGGUUUUUAUUAUUUAAAUUCGUUACUGUAAUAAAUUCUUGUUUUACUGUU